UACCAACACAUAUGCCACACAGCCAAAACAACUCUUCCACAAUAAUAUUAUUCUCAUUGAAUAAUCAACAAAAAAAUCAUCACCAUGGUAGAGAUUGAUCCAGAUUUCAUUCAAGCACCAGAACACAGACCAAAGCUUAAUGUCAUAGAAGCUGAAAACAUUCCAGUAAUAGACCUAUCACCUAUACUAGACGAUAAUACUGAGAAAGACCCUUUGGUUUUUGAUGAGCUUGUGAGGAAAAUAGGAAGUGCAUGCAAGGAAUGGGGAUUUUUCCAAGUGAUCAAUCAUGGAGCUCCUAUUGAAAGUAGGGAGAAAAUUAUAUCUGUUGGGAAGAAAUUCUUUGCUCAAAAACUGGAGGAGAAGAAGAAAGUUAGAAGAGAUAUUGUGAAUGUUAUGGGAUAUUAUGAAUCUGAGCUUACUAAGAAUGUUAGAGACUGGAAAGAAGUGUUUGAUUAUACUUUUCAGGAACCUACUUUGAUUCCAGCUUCAAUUGAUCCUGAUGAUAAAGAAAUUACUCAUUGGAAUAAUCAGUGGCCAGAGUAUCCACCAGAGAUGAGAGAGACAUUCCAAGAAUAUGCUCAACACAUGAAGAAACUAUCAAUCAAGAUAAUGGAACUUAUCGCUCUGAGCUUAGGAUUGCCCCGAGAAAGAUUUAACGAUUUCUUCAAAGAUGAGACAAGUUGGAUAAGACUCAACUACUAUCCACCUUGUCCUAAUCCUGACAUUGUUCUAGGAUGUGGUGGCCACAAAGAUACUGGUGCUUUAACUGUCCUUGCUGAAGAUGAAGUUAGCGGACUUGAAGUCAGGGUAAAAUCCGAUGGUGAUUGGGUUCUCGUUAAGCCUUUGCCUAAUGCUUAUAUUAUCAAUGUUGGAGACUUAGUUCAGGUUUGGACCAAUGAUGCAUACGAGAGUAUUGAACACAGAGUGAUGUUGAACACUGAGAAAGCGAGGCUUUCAUAUCCAUUCUUUCUGUUUCCAUCACACUACACCAUUGUGGAGCCUUUGAAAGAGCUCAUAAGUGAGGAAAACCCUCCAAAAUAUAGACCUUACAAUUGGGGAAAGUUUUUAGCUGCUAGAAAGCGUGGCAAUUUCAUGAAACAGGAUGUUGUGAACAUCCAUACUGGUCAAUUCAAGAUUACUUAUUAGAUACAACAUUUUGCUAUAAUCAUGUCAUCAAGAAAGUAUUGUAUUUGGAAAAGGAGCCAUGGAUUAAUAAUGUGUUAUAUAUGCUUUAUGGAGCUAGGUGUGUAUGAAUAAGGCUCUGCAUGAACAAUUGGUACUUGAAUGUAUUAGCUUAAAUAAGGAGCCAUUGAUGGCUCAUAAAGUACUUCAAUUUCCAAGUUUUUAAUGUUCGGUUUGUUUUGUGUUAUUUUAAUAAAUAAAUAUUGUAUGACACUAUUUUAAAUA